UUGUUGAAAGCGCAUUCUCUUCCAAGUUAAUUAAUUCCAACUAUGUGUUCAAUAUCCUUAAACAUGUAUCUCCUCUUGUUUCUUUCCUGGCUCCUAUUAGCACAACCCACACUAGGAAUGAACACGAAUAUCGCUGCAAAUGUGGCCGCUGUAACCAACACCAGCUUCUUCAUCGCCAAGCCCGGCUGCCAACCCAAGUGCGGGGACAUAACUGUCCCUUACCCGUUUGGCAUAGGAAAUGAGUCGUCGGGCUGCUCCAUGAGCCGGGGAUUCCACCUCACGUGCAACAGUAUUUCUUACGACCAUCCAAAGCUCUUCCUAGGUGACAUCGAGUUCUUAUCAAUCAACCAAACCCAAGUCCGGAUCAAAAACUCUGUCGCUACUCGAUGCUACAACCAGAGUACCGGGGACAUCACCUAUGAUUGGUCAGCCGGGAUGAAGUGGGGGGAUGCCUGGCCAUACACGAUUUCUGACACGGCAAAUAAGUUCAUGGUCGUCGGCUGCGAUGCCUACGCUCUGAUCACGUUUUUGCGUCAAGGCCGGGAUUUCAGUACUGGAUGUUUGUCCGUGUGCUCGAAUAGUUCGGACGUGGUUGCUGGGGAUUGCACGGGGACUGGUUGCUGCCAAAUCAAUAUUCCAAAUGGGUUCAAAAACUUCGAGGGUUACCUGGGCUGGUUUUACGAUCAAACCAAGGAUUUGUCAUAUAGCAGCCCCUGUGCCUAUGCGUUUCUGGCGGAGCAGGAUCGCUUUAAGUUCAACGGUAAAUCAGAUUUCAACGACCCGGACAAUUUCAUAGACCAAAUCUUGAAUAACGUACCCAUGGUACUUGAUUUUGUGAUUGGAAACCAGAUUUGUGCUGAAGCUAAAAACUUGAGUACAUUGUUGUGCCAUGACAAUACUGAAUGUACUAAUUCAGAUAGUGAGUACAAUAAAGGAUAUCUUUGCAGCUGCAAAAAUGGUUACAAGGGCAAUCCUUAUCUCAGUCCUGGAUGCACAGAUAUUGACGAGUGUGACAAUACCGGGCUCAUCCUCAAUAACUGUCAUGCGAAUGCGAAUUGCACGAAUACUCCAGGAAGUUUUAACUGUAAAUGUCUGGAUCAUUACUCUGGCGAUGGAACAACAAACGGAACUGGGUGCCUUCCCAUUGUUCCCAAAGCCUCACAAUUCUCAGCGUUAACUCUAGGAUUGAUCUUUAGCUUCUUGUCUUUACUGAUAAGUGUAACUUUGCUAUACUUCGGCAUAAGGAGAAGGAAGCUAAUCAAACUAAGGGAGAAAUUCUUCCAACAAAAUGGUGGGUUGUUAAUGAAGCAAAAAAUUUCUUCAAUUGAUGGAACAAGUGCAGAUCAGUCGACGAAAUUUUUCACAGCUGAAGAGCUAAAGAAAGCCACUAACAACUAUGCUGAGGACCGAAUACUUGGCCAAGGUGGUUACGGUGUGGUUUACAAGGGAAUUUUACCUGACAAACGCGUAGUCGCCAUCAAGAAGUCCAAAGUAAUGGACGUGAGCCAAAUAGAGCAGUUCAUCAAUGAGUUGUUGAUCUUGACACAAGUUAACCAUAGGAAUGUUGUGAAGGUCUUGGGGUGUUGUUUCGAAUCAGAAGUUCCCGAGCUUGUUUAUGAAUAUAUUUCAAAUGGCACGCUAUACCAGCAUAUUCAUAAGACAUUAUCCUGGUUAACGUUGGAUCAUCGAUUGAGAAUAGCCAUAGAAGCAGCCAGUGCACUUUCUUAUCUUCACUCUGCCGCUUCCAUCCCGAUAAUUCACAGAGACAUCAAGUCUGCCAACAUAUUGCUAGACUCUAAUUACGUGGCAAAAAUAGCUGAUUUUGGUGCUUCGAGAUUAGUCCCUUUGGACCAAACUCAAGUGUCUACACUUGUACAAGGGACUGUAGGUUAUUUGGAUCCUGAGUACUUACAAUCUAGCCAGUUAACAGAGAAGAGUGAUGUUUAUAGUUUUGGCGUGGUUCUAGCGGAAUUAUUGACCGGAAAAAAUCCUAUUUGUCUUGAGAGGUCUGAAAGGGAAAGAAAUUUGGCAACCUACUUCAUUUUGUCAAUGAAAGAAAAUAGGUUGUCCCAAAUUUGGGAGCCUCGAGUGGCGAGGGAAGGGACGUCAGAGCAACUUCAAGCAAUUGCGGAGCUUGUGAAGAGGUGUCUUUGUUUGAAAAGUGAAGAGAGGCCUUUAAUGAAAGAAGUGGUUAUGGAAUUGGAACAUUUGAGGAAGUAUAGAAAGGAUCCAUGGGUUAAUCAACAAAGUCAUGAAGAGAGUGAAAGUUUGCUGAGUGAAGAAGCACAAGUAGACUCUUACACUGGGCCGCCAAUAAGUCUUUCUACCAGCACUAGUGACAUAUCUAGGCAAUAUAGUUUCAAUUGUAGCAUGACGUUUCCGCUAAAUAGCUCCCGUUAUUAAGAGGCGGUACUUUGUUGUAAUGGGUAUACCAAGGUAAUGUGUCAGGCUUCCUAAUAGCAUUAUGGGAUAAUGUGUCAGGCUUCCUAAAAGUAGAUUGUUCUUCAUUUGGGUAAGUCAGAAUUGUGUGUAAUAAGGUACUGAAGAUCUUUUUUGUUCAUGUUGAAGAUGGUUUGUGAAUCCAUUUUCUGGGUUUGUCU